UAAAAUUUACCUUUUUGACAUAUUAAUCAAUAGGUAAUCAAUAAACAAUAGUGCCAGAGCUACCUACUCUACUCUAUGACACAAUCUCAGUUGUCACAGUCAGUUGUCUUUGCCUCUAUUGAUCCAAAAUAAUCAACAAAGAAAUUGGAAAACUGUUUUACAAAAUCGUUACCUAAAUCGUAACAUAUAGAAUUCUGAUAAAAAAAGGUUUUAAACUGCAUUGAGUGUUCAAAAUUCAGGAAUAUGUCGGAUUCAGCUGGUUUUUCUUCAUUAUUCGCGCUAGUGGACAGUCACUUAUCCAAGACUACUGUAAAGGAAAGCAAUUCAGAUGGAGUUUCCAGAAGUCCGUUCCAAAUCCCUUCUUUGCGAGAUAGACCGGAUGUAAGAUCUUCAGAAAGUCGGAUAUUUUUACCUAUGUGUCCAAGGCUACCUAUUCCAUCUUUAACUUUGAGUGAUACUCCAAGUCCAAUCACAAAUAUUUUAGCUGAGCAAGUAGCUAAUAUGCUGAAAGCAAAAGAAAAAAAACAAAGAGAAGAGGAAGAAAAAAAGAGAGUGGAGGAAGAGAUGAAAAAAUUAAAACUUAAUGAUGAAAAAGAUGAUUAUGUCAUAGAUUUGAUGAAGGCAUUACAAACACCAUAUAAACCUGAAUUGCGAGUUAAAGAAGAGGUGCUUAGUAGUAGCAGUUCAUUUGAAUCGCUGUUUGGACCUAAAUUUACAGAUGAGGAUCCGUGCACAUUAAAGAGCCCUGAACCACUAUUACCAUGUACAACAGAUAUAUCACAUAUGUUACAUGUAAAGGUCCGUAAAGGAAAAUCAUCAACAUUUGGUAAAGUCCUAUCGUCAAGAUUGAGACCUGUGGCUGCUCCAUAUCUACGUAAGAAGGUUGAUAAUAACAUUAAACCUUUUGAUUUUUCAACUCCUUCACCUUGUGAUGCAUUCCGAGAAAAAUUAAGGAAGCCUACAAUGUCAUGUACCUAUACUGUUAAUAUAGAGCAAUCGAUUUAAAAAACUUUAUUUAUUUAUGUGGUAACAAAUUAUAAGCUAAGUUAAGGUGUAGGUGUCGAUACAAAUUGUUAUCAUUUAUUUAUAUCUACUAUUCCUAAGAAUAUUAAGUUUAAGUUAACAGAUUUUUGACCAAUUUAUUGAAAAUGAAUAAUGAAUGUAAUAGAAUAAAUAAUAAAAAUAUAAUGAAUGUAAUAGAAAGACAACAUCUUGAGAUAGACUAAUGUAUACAUUAUACACUUGUAUAAAAAUGAAGAGUAACAUACAUAAUUUUAUUUCAAGAAUUAUAAGGAUACCUGAAUAUUUGAUCCUUUUGAAAUUAAGUAAUAAGAGUUGUAAUUAUAAUAUUGAAUUGUAAUGAUUGUAUUGUUCCUCUUAAAACUUGAAGUAUAUGCUGGAAUUUCACCAUGCAAAAUGUAGUUAAAAUGUAAUUGACGAAAUAAAAGACAUUAUUGAAUA